AGGAUAGACCUCUCACAGUCACAGAGAGCCGGCAGCGAGCGCGACAUUCUCCGGUCAGUUCACCGGCGAGCCUCGAAAAGCCACAGGACCGGCAGUUAGAUAGACCGGCUCAUCCACCCGGCCACAGUUUCCCAGCUUUUCCCAACAGUUUCUCGUAUACAUAAACCCUGCCGCUUCCAUCGUCUUCCCCACGUCGAAUCCAAUCCAAUCCGAUCCAGUACAUUCCAUUCCAUUCCAUCAAGAACCAUCCAAGAUGACCCGGCGCGUGCUCGGGGUGGUUGUCCUCGUCGCGACGGCGGCGCUGUGCUCGGCACAGAUGACGACGGUGCAGCCGACGACGAUGACGAUGCCCACCUGCGCGCCGGUGCCGAUCAGCCUCUCCCCGUGCAUCGGCUACGUCUUCGGCGCCGGCUCGGCGGCGCUGCCAUCGUGCUGCUCGCAGCUCCAGGCCUUCUUCCAGUCCCAGGGCCCCUGCCUGUGCGCCAUGUCCAAGCUCGCGCCCAGCCCUUUCGGCCUCGUCCUCGGCCAGGUCCAGGGCAUGAUCCCCAACGUGUGCAACCUGCCCACCGACCCGUGCGAUGAUGUCUUUGGCGCGAGCAAUUCGACCGACGACUCGACGACGCCAACCGCAAAGGCCGCGUCUCCAGAAGCGGCACCUCCGGCGGCCACUCCCACCGAGCCUGAGCCUGCAGCCACAACAUCAUCGACGCCGGAGAGUGCCGGUGCGACUGAAGCUCCACCGGCAGCAGGUGACGAUUCUCAGGCUGCUGCCACGAAGACGGGACAGGUUGCCCCCCAAGGCGCUGGAUCAAGCACCGAUUCACAGGGGAUAUCAAAGCUCCCAGAACUGCUGCACGCAGCAGGGGCGCCAAGCUCCGCCGCUGCCACCGUGCUCAUCAGUGUGUUUCUUGCCUAUGUUUCGGCCAUGUUUGUGUAAGCCCCCAUAGCCAUUACCGUAACCCCAGCGAAAGUAUCGAUGUACCAUACGAUGCGGUGUAGAUUCAGGCCGCGCCCGUGUUACACCAUGUUGCAGUGAAGAUACUACAGUUUAUGUGUUUGAAGCAAAGCAAAAUGUUCUAGGGUUUCAGAUCC